GCCGCACAUUCCGGCACGAAUUGAAUGGCUUUACUUUUGGGGUGGGCUUCUUUCUGCCACCCGCUGCCCUUACCUUUGCCAGCUCACUUGAGAUGCCAAAUUCAUCACGUGCAGGACUCCGCCCCUUCUUCAGCUGACUGCCCACCUUAUUGGAGACCCAUCUGACUGCCCCCAUGGCGAUGGCUGCCCUGCACCUGGCCUUGCGUGGCGUGUGUGUCCACUUGCGGUGCCAGCUGCUGCCGCCCGCUCACCUCAGGCUGCCCCGUGCCCUGCUGCACCUGAGCCCCCCCGUCUCUGCCGGGCACAACAAGUGGUCCAAAGUGAAAAACAUCAAGGGGCCCAAGGACGCCGCCCGUAGCCGCCUGUUCUUGAAGUUUGCCAUGAUGAUCAGGCUCGCCGUCAAAGAUGGAGGAGCAAACCCAGAGUUCAACCAGCAGCUCGCCAACGUCAUCGAGCAGUGCAGAGCCAAGAACAUGCCCAAAGCGUCCAUCGAGGCGGCCAUCAAGGGAACGGAUAAAUCCAACGCAUCUGUCUACUCGCUCUAUGAGGCCCGAGGCCCUGGGGGGUCCUCUCUGUUGAUUGAGGUGCUAACUGACAACAGCACGCGCUCCCACCAGGCCAUCAAGUACAUCCUCGGCAAGAACGGGGGGUCAAUGUGUAAUGGCGCCCGACACAAUUUUGAACGAAAGGGGGUAGUGUUGGCAGCAGCAGACGACCACGAGAAGAGUAUGGUACCCCUGGAGAGAGCCCUGGAGCUCGCCAUCGAGGCCGGAGCAGAGGAUGUGCGAGACACGGAAGAAGAGGAGCGGCCCCUGCUGCAGUUCAUCUGUGAUGUCUCCUCUGUCCACUCGGUCCGAGAAUCACUAACAGCUCUGGGGGUCCAGACGGUCUCGGCCAGCCUGGAGUACGUCCCCUGCACGAUGGCCCAGCUGUCCGACGCUGACCUGCAGUCGGCGUCCCGUCUAAUCGAGCUGCUCAACGACUCUCAAGACGUGCUACGCGUGUACGACAACAUCGAGGCCCAAAGUGAGCAGGACUGAGGGGCAGCGAGUGGGCGUUAGCGUUUGGGGAGCCUUUGUGAACAUCGCUGGAAGACUGUGAGUGCCACACUGGCACAGGCCUGGCGCUGUCUCAGUUAGUUUCUGUUAUUUAAUCAGCUUGAACACUUGGCUUGUGGUCUGCCAUGUGCAGCGUGACUGGCACCUCUUGAACUAUGGAAGUGACAAGACCCCCCGAAUAAAAUGCUCUUCAGUCCUCCUCUGCACUGUGCCAGGGCUGGGUGACGUGUGUCGUGAUUAAAUCCAAGAUGGCUGUGUGUUGCAGUCACUUUGGUGAGAUGGACAGAGAAGAUGAAGGAGACAGCAAACGGGGGCCGAUUGUUCUGCUCUCCGCCUCUGUGGACAACUUGAAACGACACCUUCAGGGUCCGGCGAGCUCGAUGGGCUGGAGGGUCGUCUCCUCUCGAAGGGGCCAUCAGCAUCCCAUUUUAUCUGUAGAGCAAAGUUCAAUCUGGCUGACUCUGUCGUGGACCCCCAGGAGACCCUGGCACACUGUCUCUGGUAUGAGAGCCUCAGGCGGUUUUUCUCCCAGGGUUCUGUGUGUUCGUCUCGGUGUGGUGAGCAUCGGGACCUCCGUGAGUCGCCCUGAAGGAGAGCAAAACCAGCAAGUCCUGGCGCCCCCUGUGGUCUGUAACCUUUAAUCAGCUGACGUUUAAUCAAAUCAUAAAGUGACGGGUGGAAGAAAUCGAGAAACGUUUGUAUUUAGGGCCAUUCUGUGGUGUUAGAAGAGUAGACGAUGGGGGCAGACGGACCCCAAAGAGCCGCCACUUCGGUGCCCUUCUUAGGAUUUAACUUCAAUAAACAGAAUGUGAAAAAGAACAAAA